AUGGAUGACUGCCCUGACAAGGUCAACAUACAGUGCUACGGCUGCAGCGGGUUUGGACAUCUUCGCAAAGAAUGCCCGAAAAACGAAGAUGACGUCAGUGGCAUCGCAGCGCAAGAAGAAUUGCGUAAGACGCGUCAAACACUACAAGACACGCAGGAACAGCUGCGGCGCGCGCGGCAAGAGAUCGACCUGCUGCGCGAAGACUUGGAAGAAGCAAACAACAAAUAUGAACGCUGGCGAGCCUUCACACAGAGCACUACCGCGGAUACCUGUGCCGCACCGAAAUUGCAGUGUCUGCACAAAGAUCUACGAUACACCCAACUACGUAGGGUUGACCCGAGUGCUGCGAAAGCACAACUGCAAAACUAUGAGCAAUACGUAGAGAAACUUUUCGAUCAAGAGUCAUACCACCUGUACCUCACUAUCAACAUGCUCGUAUGCGAAAUCGACUAUUUCAAGGUCAAGGAAAGCGAUGGUGGCCUUAUAUGGCGAUAUGACGCAGCCCUCACUCUUGCGACGCUGCUUGAAGGAGCCCUGCAUAAGUACGGGUAUAGAGAAGCAUGGGAUCGGAACAUUCUCAGGGCACUCAAUGCCGCAGAUGUACAGUUGAGUCGCAUCAUCAUCGACAUACAUGACAUUUUUGGGAACGAGGUCAACUUAGGAUCAGCUCAGGUUCAACUCGUAGAUGGCGAUUGUGAACUUGCAGCUACCCACGGCUUCGAUGAAUACUACCCGAAGAGUAUAAGGUCAGUGGAAAACUGUAUUGGAUUCUUUGGACGGUUCCUCGAAUAA